CACAACAUGGCAGUCCAGGACAGGUCAAAGAGCGCAGAGGUGGCAUUGCCGCCGAUAGCUGCCCUCUUUCUCGUCGUCUUUGACCGCAAGGUAGGACUGACGCCUGUAGUCAAGCUGGAUGGCGUCGUCGAGUACAAGUCGCUCCCCUCGGGCCUCCAUAACUGCGCCUCGGACCUCGUCUACUUUGUCCACGGACAGUGCGCCGGCAUCAGCGCCUUCGCAAACCGCCCUGCCCACGAGUCUGAGAGAAACGCACACUUUGCUGCUGUCGGCGUCCUUGUACCUUUGACAUACGGACGUCUCGGACGCGCUUGGCUACAUGCUCACCGACUACGCCAGCUGGUCAGGUAUCCAGUCCGUGCCAUACUGGUACUCUAUACCAUGCUGACCCCGCUGNNUAGCAACAUGGUCGACGAUACCGACAACACCCAUGCCCUCCAAGAGUAUUGGGAAAACAACCGUAUCUCUGGUGAAGAUGAACCAGACCUGGCCCACGCCCGACGGAAGCCACGCGCCCUGUCUGAUGCUGCCGCCUUGCAUCCAAUUAGCCCUACUCUGUCUCAGCAUCAUCCCGCCAUGUCCCUGGCCGAAAACCUCGAUGCCUUUGGCCCUCUCAUCUUCCCACUUCAGAGAGCUGCGCUUCUCAAGAAAUCCAUCUUGAUCAUGUCUCCAGCACCCGUCCAAGCUGCCUGCAAUCUUGUCUACAACUUGUCUGUUCUAUCAAACAUCCCACCUUCGGCAGCCGACAUGGCUCGACAAAAGGAAGCCUUGUACCCGCUGAGGCCUUUGUUCAAUGUCGGCAUUCAUGAUAUAGACUACCUAUCUCAGUUGGCCUCCGAGUCCAAGCCGCAAAAUUCCUGGAUCGCAUGCAGCACGGAUGACAUUUUAGCAACCAAGACAAAACUUUUUGACGUACUUGUCGAAUUACCACCACAUACAUCUGACAAGUCUGCCAUCAGACAAUGGCCCCAAAUCCGUACCUCUAGCGGUCAAGAAAUAAAGGCAACCCAGCGUGACCUGAGGCGCUACUACAUGCUCAAGCGAGAGCUGCACAGAGUGCAACAACAAAGCCAGACAUAUCAUGACGCAGAAGCCGAGCAGUCAAUCGAUGACAAUCAGAGUGAAAGCGCUCCACUGGUUCCACCAAGCCAAACCCAAAACAAUGACUCCGAGCAAUAUAUCCAGCUUGAAGGAGAAACAGAAUUGGUCGAACGUUCUUCUUGGGCCUCGAUUGCAUAUUCCAGUUUCCUCUGGUGGGCCUCGGCUGGAGAAAAAGAUACUCUGUUGAACGACGAAGCGUGUCAAGAUGCAAGAUUACUAGACAAUCUGCCUCUGCCAGCUCCGAGCAAGCGCAAUCCGAGUAAUGGCAGGAGGCAUUCUUCUGUUCACGACGAUGUGGAAGGAAUUGAUGUGGAGUCCCAAUCGAUGGCAGUACUCUUGAUAGCGUAUUCGCAUCGUCUUACUACACUGGUCAUGGAGACGCUGGCUGAGAUUGUCGAAGCUGCCGACGCCGAGGCUCAACACGGAGACGAGAUCACGAUAACCAUCCACAGCGAGGACUUGAGAAGAAUGGGUUUGGAUGAUUGGAGCCAGAGUGAUGGAGAAUUUGUGAAAGAAAUGGCUGCACUGUAUUUUGGACGGGAACACGUCCAAACGGUCGGCCGGACUGUCGACCUCUGUGGCAUUAAUGUUUGUUAA